GUGAAUAUUCAGUUUGUCCUGCUUUUCAUCGGCGCUCUGUGUUUCCACCCGGCGGGUUAUUCGGACGCUCAACAACAAAGCAGCAGCUGUCCCUUUAAAGAAGGAGGCAGUUUUAAAGGAUUUAACAUCACAAAAACCUGUAAAUUCAACUUAACAUUAUUUUCGGGCUUAUAGAAGACGGAUAGAUGUCUGAAUCUCAAGAACAGGCUAAAAGAGCAGAAGAGGAGACUGAUAAACCAGAUCUGGAGGGUGAGUCGGACGACAGCAGUGACGAGGGUGAAGCCUGUGGAGACAGUGAAAUGGAUUUCCUGCGCAAUCUCUUCUCUCGGACUCUUGGCCUGAGUCCUGGAGAGAAAGUUCUUGAUGAGCUGAGCCUCGAGGGAGUUGCCCGGUAUAUGCAGAGUGGUAAAUGUAAGAGCAUUAUCUGCAUGGUGGGCGCAGGAAUUUCAACAUCGGCCGGCAUCCCCGACUUCCGCUCUCCGGGAACCGGUCUCUAUGCAAACCUGCAGAAGUACAACCUGCCCUAUCCUGAGGCCAUCUUUCAGAUCGACUACUUCAAGAAACAUCCGGAGCCGUUCUUUGCUCUGGCCAGGGAGCUGUACCCAGGACAGUUUAAGCCCACAGUGUGUCACUACUUCAUCAAAAUGCUGAAGGAUAAAGGCCUGCUCAGACGCUGCUACUCACAGAACAUUGAUACUUUAGAGAGAGUGGCGGGGCUGCAGGGAGAGGACCUGGUUGAAGCCCAUGGCACCUUCCACACCUCCCACUGUGUGAGCUUCUUCUGCCGGAAGGAGUACACCAUGGAGUGGAUGAAAGAGAAGAUCUUCUCCGAGGACAUCCCCAAGUGCGAAGCCUGCAACAAUCUAGUCAAACCUGAUAUUGUGUUCUUUGGAGAGAAUCUUCCAGCUCGGUUCUUCAGCUCAAUGAAACAGGACUUCCCCAACUGUGAUCUCCUCAUCAUAAUGGGCACUUCUCUACAGGUUCAGCCGUUUGCAUCUCUUGUCAGCAGAGUUCCAAACAGUUGUCCUCGACUCCUGAUCAACCUGGAGAAGACAGGACAGUCGGAUUUUCCGUCGGGAUUACUGGGUUUCGGAGGAGGGAUGGAUUUUGAUUCAGAUAAAGCUUACAGGGAUGUUGCACACUUGAGCACUUGUGAUGAUGGUUGCUUGGCUUUAGCAGACCUGCUGGGCUGGAAGGCGGAGCUGGAGGAGUUGGUGAAACGCGAACACGCUUUGAUUGACAGCAGAGAUGCAAAAAAGAAAGGCGAGAAGUCCAGCCAGAGCUCCGGAGCCUCUGAGAAGGCUAAGGGGGCGGAGUCUGAGGCUGGGAAGAGUGACAAGACGGAGUAACCAAUCAGGAAAAUCGGACCCCAGCCCGGGACUGCCCAUGUGGCUCCAUGAACGGUCAUUUUUACUUCGUCUCCCUCCUCUUUCUGUCUCUUUGGAAUGGUCAACUCCACCAAGAAGGACAAGGUUUGGUUUUCUAGAAGAACAGAAGAUCUAACAUCCUAUUAUAGUCCAUCACCAUCUUCUGAUCACGCUUUAGGGCAACCAGGUCCAGAGCAGUUAGCAAUAGACACCAUAUAAGCUUUAAGCUGUACUGAAAAUUGAGCAAGGAGAGGUGUAGGGCAGCAGAUACAGAGCCAUUCAUGGGAGCUCCUCUUCAAGGGGAAUUCCACCAAAUUUGCUAAAUUUCUGCAUAAUCAAACAGUUAAGAUGUAAACAGAGCAGUUCAGAGUUGUUUGGUGUGAAACGCUCUGUUCUAGUUAAACUUACCAAGUCAGAACUGUUUACAGUGGUGGUGAUGGGAACCAGACGUCCACCUCUAAAAGCUCCCUCACAGAAAGUUACUACAUGAAAUGGUUAUGAAUUCACUGCCUGAUGACUGGUGAUAGUUUUGAGAAGGUUUUGGUUCUGAAACUAAAUUUUGGUUCUAAAACAUUCAUGGUGGAGGGAUACAUGCAGGGCGUUGUGAGGCAAAGUAGUCCCUAGAGAAAACUUCUUCUAACUAUUUUACUUUGAACAUUACAUAUAAAAACUCAGAAGGCUUGCGUAGGUUCGCUGGUGCUUUUGGGUAGUAAAUAAAAUGUCUUUACAGUAAAUCAUUUCACAUCAAACCACUCUGAAUGACUUUGUUUACAUCUCAACCACUAAAUUAUGGAGGAAUUUUUGAAAAAUUGUUGGUAUUCCCCUUUGGGUGUGCUGGUUGGGUCAGAAAAACUCCAGUUUCACUGUAAUUCACCUUAAUUAUGAAACGCAUAAGAAUAAGGAUUUUAGCAGCUGUUUGCAAUCCAAUCAGUUUUUAUUAUUAUUAUUAUUAUUAUUAUUAUUAUUAAUAAUAAAUUAUGCUUAUAAUAAGUCCAUUAAGGCCCCACGUGAAAUGGUCUCAUUUGCACAUGAGUGUUUACUACUUUGAUCGAGUUUAACGCUUCAUAUUAUAAAACCUAGUCGUGGGAGAUUUGCAGUGUCCCCCCUCCUUUUUUUGUAUAAGCGAUUUCUUAAUGUAUUUCUUUUAAGAGUAUUUUUAUUAAUGCCUUCAUUAAUUAUAAUAACAUAUGUCAUGCAGUCUAUUAAGUUAACCUAAUUGACGCCUGAUUUGAGGUUUCUCUUUUUGUUGGCAUGUUAUGUAUCUCAAUGGCAUGAUGCAAAAGCAUAAAGCUCACAGCAGUAUUUGACGAAUAUUACUGUGAUUUGCUCCCGGAGUUGAUGCAUUAGGUAACCAGCAAAAAUGGGAAAUAAACAAAAUGCAAAUGAA